UCUUGCAUUUGCAUCUUAAAGAUGGAUCAUUUCGCUAUUAUAAAGUCGCCAUGGAAGGAACAGCAUCGAAUUAGACCGUGCUGGUAUCAACUUUGCCAAAAAAAAAUGCCUAAACACUAUGAGCUAGCUAAGGACUGAAUACGAGGUACUUGUUAAUCAUAGCAGAGAUCGAUCGAUGAUUCAUCUUGAAAAGAUUCUGUAAUGUCAGAUCCAAACUCAAUAAAUCCCUCCAGCCAUUGUCAUGUCCACCUGUUAUUGGGCCGCAUGGGCGGAUGCCAUGCCCAUUUUAAUGAUGAUGGAGCCAGCCCUUCCCUGCCCCAGCAAGAAGGAAGUACUUACUAACUCAGUCCUUGCUUUACCUCCAAGUCCCAAGUCGAAGCUCUUUCCUUUGAUUUCACCAUCUUUCUUUGCUCGCUCAACCCCGCCAAAAGGGUGCUUUCCGUCUGUUCAUGAUUGCCCGCCGGCCAAGCGUCAGAGCCCUCCUCAGAACAACACAUCAACCGCCCAUUGAUAUUAAGAACUUCCACUCGAGCAAACAUGCAAACCAACUGUUCGACCGAAGUUUUCCCUCUAACAUCCUGUCCGUUAACCGUUCCAUGCUCGAGCACAUCCACAAGAACCGCCCUGGUCGAUCUCUCGACAUCUUCAGGGGGCAACUCCAGCUGGGUUUCUCCGGCAACGUUGAUGAAGCCACGGUUGCGGUCGCCCUCAAGGCGUGCAAUGGAGACCUCGGACUCGGCUGCCAGCUGCACGGGUUCGCUAUCUCUUCAGGGUUUGUCUCGUUCACCACGGUUUCCAACUCCCUGAUGAAUCUGUACUUUAAAGCUGGAACCUUGGAUAGUGCUUUAAACAUUUUCGAGAAUAUCGAUGAUCCUGAUGUUGUUUCUUGGAACACUGUGCUUUCUGGAUCAAGGGACAGUGAAUCUGCUUUUGCUGUUGCUCUUGCAAUGAACCGUAAAGGCGUUUCCUUUGAUGCAGUGACUUACACGAAACUGCUUUCCUAUUGUUUGGAUCUUGAGGGGUUCCUUUUUGGGUUGCAGCUGCAUUGCCCUGCGAUGAAAUGUGGAUUAGAUUGUGAAGUGUUCGUGGCGAACGCACUCAUAACAUUAUACGCGAGGCAGGGAUUGCUAGUUGAUGGCAGGAAAGUGUUUGAUGAAAUGCCGACUCAUGAUUUAGUUUCCUGGGGUGCAAUGAUUUCGGGAUACACCCAAGAAGGAAAUUAUGGCUCAGAGUCUAUUCGACUAUUGAUCAGAAUGUUGAGGGAGGGUAUGAGACCCGAUCACGUGUCAUUGACCGGUGCUGUCUCAGCCUGCAGUCAAGAAGGAAAUUUCGAGCUGGGGAGGCAGAUCCAUGGCUUGUCUGUGAAAAUAGGGCAGGGGAAGCACACCUCUGUCUGUAAUAUCUUGAUGGCCAUAUAUUCGAAGGCACAGGCAACUGAAGAUGUGAAGCUAGUCUUCAAGAACAUGUUGGAGCGGAAUGUCAUCUCUUGGACUACGAUGAUUUCUGCGGACGAGAGGGAAGCUGUCUCUCUUUUUAACAGCAUGAGAUGGGAAGGAAUUUGCCCGAAUGAUGUUACAUUUGUUGGGCUUCUCCACUCCAUCACAAGCAGAAAUUUGGUACCGGAAGGUCGGAUGGUUCAUGGGUAUUGCAUAAGAACCGGUUUUACUUCGGAAUUGAAUGUUUCAAAUUGCCUCAUAACCAUGUAUGCGAAGUUUGAAGAGAUGGAGAGUGCUAAGAGGGUUUUUGAAGAGGCUCCCAGCAGAGAGAUCAUAUCUUGGAAUGCUUUAAUAUCUGGGUAUGCUCAGAAUGGAAUGUGUCAAGAAGCUUUGGAGAUGUAUUUCUCCGCCAUAAUGGAAUCAUUUCAGCCGAACCCAUACACAUUUGGGAGUGCGUUGAGUGCAAUAGGCUCUGCUGAGAGUAUUUCACUCAGGCAAGGUCAAAGGUGCCAUUCUCAUAUAAUAAAACUCGGCCUGGACUCCAAUUCGAUUGUCUCAGGCUCUCUUCUUGAUAUGUACGCAAAGCGUGGGAGCAUCUCUGAGUCUCUCAGCGUGUUCAGUCAGACUUCUCGAAGGAGCCAGUUUGCUUGGACUGCCAUAAUUUCUGCUCACGCAAGGCAUGGGGACUACGACUCAGCGAUGGAGUUAUUUAAGGAGAUGGAAGAAGAAGGAGUGAAACCCGACUUGAUCACUUACCUUUCCGUGUUAACUGCCUGUGGUAGAAAGGGGAUGGUUGAUGUAGGGCGUGAGGUCUUCAAGUCAAUGAUCAGAGACCACUCAAUCGAACCGUCGCACGAGCACUACUCUUGCAUGGUGGACAUGCUGGGUCGAGCAGGGCAGCUCAAUGAGGCAGAGGAGCUUCUGGGUCAAACCCCAGGAGGUCCAAGACUCUCGGCCCUGCAGAGUCUGCUAGGCGCCUGCAGGGUGCACGGGAACAUGGAGAUGGCUGAGAGGGUAGUGGACGCGCUGAUGGAGAUUGAGCCAAUGGAAUCAGGUUCGUAUGUUCUGAUGUCGAACUUGUACGCCGAGAAGGGGCACUGGGAGAAGGUUGCAGAGAUAAGGAAGGGGAUGAGGGAGAGGGGAGUGGUGAAGGAGAUUGGGUUCAGCUGGGUGGAUGAUGGUUCAUUGAGCUUGCACGGUUUCUCCUCCGGAGACAUGUCCCACCCUCAAUCCGAUGAUAUCUUUAGCAUGGCACAUUGUUUAGGAUUAGAAAUGCAAUUCUUAAGAGAGAAGGAUGAUGGAGAGGACAGCUGCAAUAUAAGCUCGACGAGGGAGGAAAGCUUGGCCUCGCUGUAAUGCGUGGUCAUAGAUGUCCAUUCACGUAACCAUAGGAUAUUCUUUUUCCACCCCGGCUAUGAUAUCGGUUCGUUGAGGUGCUUGUAAAUGUAACAUUAAAUGAGAAAUUGCAGGAACUAGUGAGCAAAGAAGGCGUGAGCAGAACAGCAUUUGUGAACCAA